GGAGUUCCCUGGACGGAGUGAUGGAGAGAUAAAUUGUCCGUCCAGACUCAGACUCCUCUCACCCAUGCACUCUCCCGCCUGACCGCUGCUGGGGUCUGAGAAUAAAUCAUUCUCAUUCUCAUUCGAACUGUGAUUCAGUACUGAACUCGAUCUCAUACACACAGUCAUGACAGGGCGAGAGAAAGUAGAGGAAAAGCCGCACGCGAAGCUUCUAACGACUCCGACUUAUUACAGUGCCGACAAGCCGCGCGUCAGCGGGUCCGGGUUUCGGUCCAAAGGCUUCGCUAUCACUGACCUGCUGGGCCUCGAGCCGGACUUCCGGCCGCGUCAGCCCGGUACCGUAGAAGUCAGUGGACAGCACGAGGGCGGAGAUGAGGGUCACGGCACCGGGAUCGGAGGAUUCUCGUUGCCCGCGGGGUCUCUGCCGCUCGGUCUGGGUUUCCUCUGCAGUCUGGCGGCGCAGCAGCCUCCCGGUGCUCCGUGUUUCCUCCCGGGCCACAUCCCGCUCCUGCAGACCCGCACUGACAGGCACUUCAACCACAACACCGAGCCGCAGCGGCCCGACGUCUAUUCCGAUGAUGACUGUCUUUCUGCGGAUCAGAACGAAGAGAAAAGCUCGAGCAACUCUCAGAAACGGAAGAAACGGAGACACAGGACGGUGUUUACUUCUCACCAGCUGGAAGAACUGGAGAAGGCUUUCAACGAGGCUCAUUAUCCAGAUGUUUACGCACGGGAAAUGCUAGCCAUGAAGACAGAGCUCCCUGAGGACAGGAUACAGGUGUGGUUCCAGAACCGCCGGGCCAAAUGGAGGAAGCGUGAGAAGUGCUGGGGCCGCAGCAGUGUGAUGGCUGAAUACGGUCUGUACGGCGCCAUGGUCCGUCACUCCAUCCCUUUACCAGAAUCCAUCCUCAACUCGGCCAAAAACGGCAUGAUGGGCUCCUGCGCGCCCUGGCUUCUAGGAAUGCAUAAAAAGUCCAUGGAAAUGUCCAAGAAGUCCCCGGAGAGGCCUGAAUCCACACACUCCGACCCAUACCCAGAGGAGACGAAAAGCAAAGGCGGAGACGCCACGGGGCCGAGACGAGGCUCUGCGACGGACGAUUUGGAGGAUAUGGCCAUAGAUUUAUCCAGCACAUCUAAACAGGACACCAAGAGCGCUCUGAAAGUCUCGUCUCCUCAUCCCGAACCCAACAGCGACUCAGAAAACGAGAACUGAUACGGGCGUGUACAGAUACGGGCGAAAAUAUACGGACCUCUAUUUUUAACCCGUGUGUCUCCUCGUCAAUGAUUUGGCUUUGGUUGUUUAUAAGUGUUUCAUCUUCAUUAUUUAAUGUCAUGUGUGUUGAAAUGGCUAUGAGAUGAUAGCUAUAAGUGUACAAGUCUUCGCAAUUUUACACAGAGGAACAUUAUUCUGAAAUCGUCCCACAAAUUGUAGACGCGGUUUUUCGCAGAUUGGUGAACCUCUGCCCAUCUUUACUUCUGAAAGCCUGUCUAAGAUACUCUUUUUAUCCCCAAUCAUGUUACUGACCUGUUCCCAAUCAACCUCCAGCUGUUUCUUUUCAGUACCACUUACUUUUCCAGCCUCUUGUUGCCCCGUCCCAACUUUUUUGAGAUGUGUUGCGGCCAUGAAAUUCAAAAUUACCUUUUUUUUUUCUUAAAACGGUACAUUUACUCAGUUUAAACAUUUGAUAUGUUUUCUGUGUUCUAUUGUGAAUAACAUAUGGGU